AUCUGGUUCUUCAUCCAGUUUACAAAAAAGAUCUGAGAAUUUUCUGGGACUAUCUGGAUUUUUCCUCUUAGGGAAACAGGGAUUCGAGUGAGGAAGUAGAUGUGGAUUCUAAGAUAAGAGAAAGUUGAAAGACAGUGUUAAGCAGUUUCAGGGAGUUUGUCUUGUUAGGAAGCAAGGUUCGGAGGAUGAAGAUACUGUGUAACGUGUGCGAGGGGGCGGAGGCGAAGGUUCUGUGCUGCGCGGACGAGGCGGCGCUGUGUUGGGCCUGUGACGAGAAGAUUCACGCGGCGAACAAGCUCGCUAGCAAGCACCAGAGAGUUCCUCUCUCUUCUGCUUCUUCUUCUUCUCCCACGCCGAAAUGCGACAUUUGUCAGGAAAUAUCUGGAUUUUUCUUUUGUCUACAAGAUCGAGCUUUGCUCUGCCAUAAAUGUGAUACUGCCAUACAUACAGCAAAUGCAUAUGUUUCUGGCCAUCAGAGAUUUCUGCUUACAGGAGUAAAAUUAGGUCUUGAGGCAACUGAACCUGGUGCAUCCUUUUCAACUGUCAAGUCUCCUUCUUGUGAAAAGACCUCAGAAACAAAAUCCAAUUCCAUAUCCCAAAGGAGCACUCAAAUGCCGUUAGGUGGUGAAUACAAUAAAGUUCUACCAGCGAAUGCUGGUGGAGUUGGGACCAAUGCAUUGACAAGGGAGUCAUGUGCUGGGGGUUCUGUAGCUGGAAAUGGUUCUACAGCAUGGCAAAUAGAAGAACUUUUUGGACCAACUGACUUCCAUCAAAGUUUUGGUUACAUGGAUAAUGGUUCAUCUAAGGAUGAUAGCGACAAGCGUGGGGAUUCUGAUAGCUCACCAAUUUCGAGACCUACAGAGGAAGAGGUAGAUGAUGACAAGCGCUUAGGUCAAGUGCCAGACUCCUCUUGGGCAGUGCCUCAAAUGCCGUCCCCUCCUACGGCAUCAGGCCUUUUCUGGCCAAAAGAUUCUCAAAAUCAAUCUGAUGCUGCAGUGUUUGUGCCUGACAUACAUGCUGCUCAACCAUAAAUCCCUUCCAUUCACAGCGUAAAGGCGUUGCCACUAAGCGUGAAAGGCAAAGUUAGAAUCAACAAGGUAAGGCCUCAAGCUCAAAUUGGAUAUCCUACGGUAUUAACAACUCUUCUCAGGUGUGCUUUUUGCCCAUUAUCAUGUAGUCAUCCUUCCUCCCGAGUCACAAGUGCCUCAAAGUGUCUUUAGCUAUUUUGCAUCUUCUGGUUUGGUUCAUGCCACUUAUUCCCUGUCUAGGUUUUCGCCAUUAUGGUCUAGCCAUUUGGUUGUCCUAAGAUAAAAACAAAUGUAUUUUACUAGUAGAAGAUCUUUGAUGGAAGGAUUUGGUGGUGUCUUGAUACUAAGUUGUACUCUGGUUGAACAAAUUAGUUUAAUUAACUUAACAAAGGCUGUAAUUACCU